AUGACCACCGCUCACCGUCCGACGUUCGAUCCGGCUCGCGGCAAGGAAGCCCUCCGUGGCCCGGCCUAUCACCAACGCCUGCUACCGGCGCACACCCAGCUCAAGUUUCGUCAGUCCGGCCAGGGCGGCGACGCCGACGACGAGGCCCAUGACCUCCGCGCCGAGCUCCUUGCCGCCGAGGCUGCCCACUACGCCAAGAAGAACGGUGGCGCGCCUCCCCCCUCCGCAGAGAACGACACCGACGCGCCCGCCGGCGGCGUGAAGCGCGCCCUCGAAUCUGAGUCACAAGCGGACGGCGAGGACUUUGAAGCAAAGCGAAGGAGGAUAUUGGAAGAGUCGCGAGACGUCGACGCGUCCUCGGACGAUGAGGAAGAGGAGGACGACGACGAGGACGACAGCGAUGAGGACAGCGAUGACGAGGAGGCGGAGCUGCAGCGCGAGAUGGAGAAGAUCCGGCGCGAGAGGGCGGAAAAGAGGGAGCGAGAGGAGCGAGAGAGGGCCAAGGUCGAAGAGGAGGCCAGGGAGAGGGACAUCGCGUUGGGGAACCCGCUGCUGAACAAGCCCGACUUCAACAUGAAGCGGCGGUGGGACGACGAUGUCGUGUUCAAAAACCAGGCAAGGGGCACGGAGGAUAAGGGCAAGAGUAAGGAGUUCAUCAACGAUCUCCUGCGCUCCGACUUCCACAAACGAUUCAUGAGCAAGUAUGUUAGAUAG